AUGCUAAGAAAAGGAUGUAGGAACUGCCGCCGUCGUCACGUCAAAUGCGUGCUCCCAGACGGAGCCCCUUCCUGCAACAAAUGCGUCGAGCUCGGUCGUCGCUGUGAGCUGGAGCCGCGAUUUCGCUUCAAGGAUGUCCGCUACAUCUACCGGAAGGACGGCUCUGGCCGGUCUAAAUUCGUGUUUGCUUGGGAUAGGAGACAGGCCUGGAUGAGGGUGUCCAAUCCAGUUAGCUUUGUUAUUGAGAGAUGGGACGCGCAGGAGUCUGAUGAAGCACAGUCAGCGCUGGUGGAUGAAUCUGGCGAGAACCCUGCCAUUCAGCACGAAAAUCUUCCCUUGAACCAUCCUUCAGCAUCAGACGAGUGCAGUCCGUCGUUUGCCAAUCAACAGUCGCCUGUCUCAGACGAGUUUCCCGGCAGCAUCCCCCGAGACCCCCCUCACAGCCAUCUCUCUCCCCGCGAGGCAUUCCUGCUUCGUUCGUAUAUCAUCAAACUAGCCCCUUGGCUAGAUGUGUGCGACCCAACAUGCCAGUUUGCGAACGAGGUGCCUCGGCGCGCCCUGCACAAUCCCAUGGUCAUGUACGCGCUGCUGACCGUUGCGUCGCGCCACCAGUCGAUCAUGCGCGGCAUAGACGAAGUCGAGGCGAGCACGUACCACGGUCGCUGUCUGGAAUAUCUCAUCCCCGCCCUGUCUCGUCCCGAGGACACGUACGACGACAAUCUCCUCGUGACCGUGGUCAUCCUGCGGCUGUACGAGGAGCUCGACAACCAGAGGGACAAAAAGUGCCAUCUGCUCGGAUCCAGCAGGCUGCUCAACACCGUCUCCAGGUUCUCGUCCUCGGGCGGCCUGGCCGAAGCGGCCAGCUGGCUGUUUCUCCGCCAGGCCAUCUACGUCAGUCUGGUGCAGAAGGAGCCGUGGGAGCUGUGUUUGGAAAACUACGAGAGCUCGCUGGUAUUCGAAUGUCCGAAUGGCGACGAUGCCUCCUACGCCAAUGUGAUGAUUUUUCUGGUCGCCAAGAUCUUACGGCUGAUAUCGCAUUCGCGAGAAACGGCCUCGACGGAUCUGCAGGACUGGCUCUCGCUGGAAGAGAGUGUUGAGCGGUGGAACGAUGAAAGGCCUUUUUCUUUCACCCCGUUGAGGUAUCGAGAUGUUGAUGUGGAAGAAAAUCGGCCGUUUCCAGAGCUGUGGAUGGUCUCUCCUGCUGCAGCGAUUGGCAUGCAGUACUAUCAUGCGGCCGUUAUCCUCUUGCAGAUUCACAAGCCGCUUCCGCAUUUGACGUCGGCAUUUGAAGCGGCAAAAAUAAGAUGUCAUGCAGAGAUCACUGCCUCCACCCAUCUAGCCAAAAUCAUCGGCCUAGCCAUCUCCAACGACACGACGGAAAACGCAAACUUCACCGCAAGCCACCUUCUCUGCUGCUACGGAUACUGUCUUGUCAACCCGGCUCAACGGCGAGGAGCGGCUUCUUUCCUCGCCCGCGUGGAAGAGGUCAUGGGCUGGCGAACUUCCUGGAUUGUCGAGGCGCUGAAGAAGCAGUGGCGCGAACUUGAUGAGUUGGAAAGUCGGAGACGGGGUUAG